AGCAACAUGCAGGGAACUUACUGUAAGUUACCACAUGUUUUCAAUAUUUGCAUCAAUUGCUGUCUUUGCAUUGGAAGCAUUGGACACUAUUAUGAUAAUAUUCUAUUCAGAUGCAUUGACUUCUCCAAGCAUAAAUGAGUUAAAUAUGAUUUAUCUUGUUUCUUUUUUGUCGUCUCACUGUGCAUCACUUAUAGUGAAGCAUCACGUGGGAGAACAAAGCUUGCCGAGUCUACCAUCCCCAGUAAUGCAUUAUUCCCGAGUUGAAGGGAAUGUCUCUAUCCUUGAAGAUGCUGCAGAAGAGCUUUAUCUACAAGCUACCGUUCCACGGAGGAAUAGAAAGUGGACGUGAUAAUACAUCUUGGUUCUACUCCAAAAGGAUUAUGAAGAGGACAGUGCUUUUUCCCCAGAUGUGAACACUUAUGCUAGCAUGUUCUUCAUAAGAAAUGCAAAAACAUGUUUCUGUGCAGAUUUUCUGCCAAAGCCAAAUCUUAAGUUAAUAGGCUAAACUGAAAACAUAUUUGAUUAUAUUCUGGACAUGAAACUGAAGUUCAUGAGCCGACUGUAAUGUGGACCACCGGGCAUCAGUGACAACAAGUUGAGACGGUUAAAAGCAAAACAAUAGUCAUUCUCCGCCCGUCAGGCAGCUUGGAGCAGUUUACACAGCCGUGUGGCCAACAGUCCGGGUGCGCGUUUAGGAAAUGGAGCGAAAUAAUGAACGCUUGUUUCUUUGGAAGUGUAUUAUUUUUCGUGUCGGCAUCCGAAUAUAAAUGUAAUGGGAAUACAAACAGACAUAGCAAGUCAAACAUGAGUGUUGAGAUACAUGGCUUAUGUUAUAUUUUCCUAUGCGUAAUGGACAAAUAACAUUAGCUACAAAGAAGCACCCUCGUUUACAGGGCCAUAGACAGCUGUAGUGAUGAUUUCAGCUGGGGGAGUGAUCACAGGCCAUCUUGCUGCGCUGAAGAGGCAGGACUCUGCCCGCUCCCAGCACCACCUGUCCAUCCAGUCCCCAGCCCCAGGAGAGAUCCAGGAGAAGAGGAAGGCCAAGCGUAAAACACGGGCCGAUGUGGUGGUGGUCAGGGGGAAAAUCCGCCUCUACUCUGCCUCUGGGUUCUUCCUCAUCCUGGGUGUGUUGAUCUUGAUGGUGGGCGUUUCCAUGGCCGUGCUGGGCUACUGGCCACACACAGAUCCCCUUGUAGCGGCCAACACCAAGCUGUCCACCAACGACACCAGGGUGACCCGGGAGCAGGGCGGUAAGCUGAUCCAGUUUUUUGAGCAGCACCUCCACUCUGAGAAGAUGAAGAUGCUGGGGCCGUUCACCAUGGGUAUUGGUAUCUUCAUCUUCAUCUGUGCCAAUGCCAUCCUGCAUGAAAACAGGGACCGGGAGACCAAGGUGAUCCACAUGAGAGACAUGUACUCCACCGUCAUCGACAUCCACAGUCUGCGGAUCAAAGAGCACCAGUACAUGAACGGGGCCUAUUCAGGCCCCUAUGGGGAGCAUGAGGUCAGGACCUAUGAGAACCAGUGUGCCUCCAAACUAGCUGCUAACACCCUGCUAGGGUUCCCCAGUGUGGGGAACAACGUGAGAGUGUCAUGCAGGACCAGCUCUACGGAGGACGAGGAGGGUCUUCUCAACGAGGCCAAAGGGGGGCAUGGACUCGUGCCUUCGUUCUGCCGAGAGCGCUCUGGCUCCAUCUUUGGCUUGCAGCAUGAAGGCAGUCGCAAUGAGAAGAGCAACUUGCCCAAGAGAUGCCAGACCAGGUCCAUCGUCUCAUCCUCCAUCAACGCUUUUACCCUUCCUGUCAUUAAGCUCAACAACUGUGUGAUUGACGAGCCUGACAUGGACAACAUUACAGAGGACCUGGAACACAUGAGGGUUAGGUCCAGACCCCCCUCUAUGCAGUCCCUUUCCCUGGCUGUGCCUGUCCCGGCGGACAUCGCCAAAGCCUACAAACCCCCUGGUAUCAUGCUCCUCAGGAGCAAUUCGGCCACAGAGUCUCACACCGUGUCCUCUCGUAGCUCUCUGUCCCCAGGUUCUGCCAGUGGGAGCUACCUGUCCCCUGGGGCGGCCCGGAAGGACUUUGGCUCCAACAACUCCCUCCACAUGCUGUCUUCUCACUCCAAGUCUCUGGACCUGGAUCGAAGGCCCACAACCCUGACAGUGAAGCCAGAGCAGAGGAAACAUCCCAGCUGGCCCCGACUGGACCGCAGCAACAGUAAAGGCUACAUGAAGCUGGAGAACAAGGAGGAUCCUAUGGACAGACUGCAGCUGCCCCAGGUAGCAGUCAAACGGGAUUACACCAAGAAAGAGAAACUGCUCAUGAUCUCCAGGUCUCACAAUAACCUCAGCUUUGAACAUGAUGAGCAGUUCAUGAACAACACUAUGAAACGAGGGAGCUCGGAGACCAGGUUUUAAACUCUUACAUAGCCUGCUCCCAGAUGUUUGUACUGUCUUGCAAAAAUGACCAUACAGAUGUAGGAUCUUAAUUUGAGCAAGUUAGCUACAGCAGGAAAUAUUAUUGCAGUACCAGGAAAUGUACAUUAUAAUUAAUGGACAUUUUUUGUAGGGGUUGAUACAUUUUUCAGUAGGGAAAAUCAAGUCUGACAUUUUAAAGUGGACAUUGCUAACUUUAGAAGCCUUUUUAAACCUUGAAUAUACUACAAGUUUGCAUUUCCUGCUCGGCAGAAAAAUGAUCAGCAACAAAAGAGCGAUCAAAUUAAGAUACGACAUCUGUAGGAGCUGGCAAGACAGCACAAACAGAUCUGAGACCAGACUUUAAAUGGUCCGCUACUUGGACCUAAUUCUAAAAAUGGUGUUUCUUUGUGUCACGAUCAUUCUGCAAUACGAAUCACAAUUCAAGCUGUUCACUGUCAGUGUUGAAUAGUUCAUUGUAAGUGUGAUGACGCGCUCAGGUAGUCCGUCUGUUUGCAAUGAGUCUAAAGAAAGAGAGGCUGUGUCACACACGGUGAGAUUAUUGAACAAAAUGUUGAAAUUAGGUUCAAGGUGAACUUGAAAAUACAGAAAUCAAUACGACUAAAAUGUGGUUUGUUUUUCUCAUCUUUGCAUUGUUGCAACAGGCGGUUUUGUUUGUUUAAACUGGUCAGUGUAUGUACCAGAGUUGGCUAGAUAUUUUGCUAUGGAGCUUUUAAUAAUGUAAUGUUCUCUACAAACACUGCAAUUUCUUUUAAAGAAACAAGUUAACCUGUAAAUGUACAGUUUACCCAUUUCUCAGAAUAAAAUGAAGCUUUUCAGUGAGUAACAUUUGUUUUUUAUGAUAGCCUAUACGUUUUCUCGCCAGCCUUAUGAAAAUCCGCUAUGUAUUCACAAAAAGGUAUGUCACCUGGCCUUAGUACAUGCAUUUUAAACACAAACAUAAUUGCACAAAGUCUGUGUCGAACAGUACAGAGUAACUCAGUUCCCGUCUGUAAUUCUGAUGUUCAUUCCGUCCAUUGAAUUUUCAAGGUCAAUGAACUGAGAAAUUCUUCAAAAAAUAUUCCUUCUCAACCCACAAACUUUGAGUCUGUUGAGAAGGGAAACUAUCCUCUCUUUAUCAAGAUUGUGAAUAGCAUUCCCAUAUUGAACAAUAGGAGCUCUGGGAGUACCAAGCUGGGAGCUGCCAGAAUAGAGAGGAGACUCAUAAGAGGGUUCCAUCUGGAGGGGGAAUCAACCAAGACAUAUGUGACUUCCAGGAAGCAUGAUAAUUUAAACAAGGAUUGCAUAUUGUCAACAUGAAGAGCAGAACCUGUGCUAUAUGAAUGGUCAGGACCUGAUAAAUAUUUUUUAUGGUCUCUAUUCGCUGAAAUGAAUUAAGACUAGCUGUCACCAUUGGCAUCAGAUACAAGAGAUCCUAAUCAAAUAAAUAUACAAAAAUAUAUUAUUUAUCUCACUGCAUUUGGAAAGACAUUGGAUUUCCUUUGAUCGUGUUCUUUAUUUUAUGAGAAUUUAUUUUGUUCAGCUUACUGCCCUUUUUGUGUAUCUAUAAAAGGUAGUCCUGUCCAAUUAGUCUCUCAUAGUCUUCAACAAUACAGCCUCUGCUUGCCGAUUUGGUCCGUUAUUGCUCUCUGAGACUGAUUACGUUACUCAUAAAGUUUCAUCUUCCCACAAACCACUUACAAACAAUAAGGUAGUAUCAUAUGGAUGAAGCACUGACUAAUCAAUCCUCUGAUAUUCUUAAGUAGUACAUAUUCAUACUUGCAAAGUAAUAAAGAGUAGCUUUUGUUUUGAUUUAGUCUAUUUUUAUAGAAGUUCCUUGCCUACAGUAUAUAGGUUACAGUCCACACAGCUCCGGCUCGGAUCCUCAUCCUAAACAGAAAAAAAUGACAGAAAAAGUUGAAGAUAGUUUUGGAUUUGACAAGGAAGAUAAAGUUUGACUGAGGCCAUCUUUGGAGUUAGUAUAAAAGCCAAAAACAUUGCGGCUUAGACAACAAAACAAAUAAAAAUAUUAUUUGUCACAUUCGUCGUAAACAACAGCUUACUUCCCAACAAUGCAGACUUUUUUUAUUGUCGUAAAAAUGUAAAAAUAAUAACAAAUAAAUAGAAAAAUAAUAACACAAGGAACAAAUCAAAUCACAUUUUAUUUGUCACAUGCACAAAUACAAUAGGUGUAGACCUUACAGUGAAAUGCUUACUUACAAGCCCUUAACCAACAAUGCAGUUUUAAGAAAAUAAAUAAAUAAAUAAAAGUAACAAAUAAUUAAAGAGCAGCAGUAAAAUAAUAAUAGUGAGGCUAUAUACAGGGGGUACUGGUACAGAGUCAAUGUGCGUGGGCACAUGUAGGUAGAGUUAUUAAAGUGACUUAUGCAUAGAUAAUAACAUAGUUGCAGCAGUGAAAGGGGGGGAGAAUGCAAAUAGUCUGGGGAGCCAUUUGAUUAGCUGUUCAGUAGUCUUAUGGCUUGGGGGUAGAAGCUGCUUAGAAGCCUCUUGGACCUAGACUUGAUGCUCCAGUACCACUGCCGUGCAGUAGCAGAGAGAAGUCUAUGACUAGGGUGUCUGGAGUCUUUGACAAUUUCUGUGGCCAAGCUCCUGGAUGGCAGGAUGCUUGGCCACAGUGAUGUACUGGGCCGUUCGCACAACCCUCUGUAGUGCCUUGCGGUCGGAGGCCGAGCAGUUACCAUACCAGACGGUGAUGCAACCAGUUAUGCUCUCGAGUAAUGAUAACUACAGAGAUGUUCGAUCGGGUUCAAGUCUGGCCUCCGGCUGGGCCACUCAAGGACAUUCAGUGACUUGCCCCAAAGCCACUCCUGUGUUGUCUUGGCUGUGUGGUUAGGGCCGUUCUCCUGUUGGAAGGUGAACCUUCGCCCCAGACUGAGGUCCUGAGCACUCUGGAAUAGAUUUUCCUCAAGGAUCUCUCUGUACUUUACUCUGUUCAUCCUUCCAUUGAUCCUGAAUAGUCUCCCAGACCCUGCCGCUGAAAAACAUCCCCACAGCAUGAUGCUGCCACCACCAUGCUUCCCCGUAGGGAUGGUAUUGGCCAGGUGAUGAGCGGUGCCUGGUUUCCCCAAGACAUGACACUUGGCAUUCAGGCCAGAGUUCAAUCUUGGUUUCAUCAGACCAGAGAAUCUUGUUUCUCAUGGUCUGAGAGUCAAUUAUAGGGGUCUGAGAGUCCUUUAGGUGCCUUUUGGCAAACUCCAAGCGGGCUGUCAUGCCUUUUACUGAAGAGUGGCUUCCGUCUGGCCCCUCUACCACAAAGGCCUGAUUGCUGGAGUGCUGCAGAGAUGAUUGUCCAUCUGGAAGGUUCUCCCAUCUCCACAGAGGAACCCUGGAGCUCUGUCAGAGUGAUCAUUGGGUUCUUGGUCACCUCCCUGACCAAUGCCCUUCUCCACCGAUUGCUUAGCUUAGCCGGGCGGCCAGCUCUUGAACAGUCUAGGUGUCACAUUCUGACCUUAGUUCCUUUUUUAUGUAUUUGUGUUUGGUUGGUCAGGUCGUGAGUUGGGGUGGGUAGUCUAUGUUCUUUUUUCUAUGUUGUUAUAUUUCUAUGUGUUUGGCCUAGUAUGGUUCUCAAUCAGAGGCAGGUUUCGUUCGUUGUCUCUGAUUGAGAUUCAUACUUAGGUAGCCUGUUUUCCGCAUUUUGGUUGUGGGUGUUUAAUUUCUGUUUAGUAAUAUAAUAAUAAUAAUAUAUGCCAUUUAGCUGACGCUUUUAUCCAAAGCGACUUUACAGUCAUGUGUGCAUACAUUCUACGUAUGGGUGGUCCCGGGAAUCGAACCCACUACCCUGGCGUUACAAGCGCCAUGCUCUACCAACUGAGCCACAGAAGUGUCUGAAGUGUCUGUUCACCUGGCAGAACUGUUUCGUUUUCUCUUCUUUGUUAUUUUGUGUAGUGUUCAAUUUUUCAAUUAAAAUAUGACGAACACUUACCACGCUGCAUAUUGGUCCGAUCCUUCUUACUCUUCCCCAGACGAAGAGGAGAUUCGUUACACUAGGUGGUUCUAAAUUUCUUCCAUUUAAGAAUGAUGGAGGCCACUGUGUUCAAUUUGAGGAAAAAGCUGUAACGUAACAAAAUGUGGAAAAAGUCAAAUACUGAAUCCUUUCUGAAUGCACUGUAGGUAGGGAUAAAGUGACUAGGCAACAGGAUAUACAAUAAAUAGUAAGAGCAGAGUAUAGGAUGAGUCAAAAUAAAUUAGUGCGAGAAGGGUCAAUGCAGAUAUUCCACGUACAGUUGAAGUCAGAAGUUUACAUACACCAUUACAUACACCAUUUUUCACAAUUCCUGACAUUUAAUCUGAGUAAUAUUUCCAUGUCUUAGGUCAGUUAGGAUCACCACUUUAUUUUAAGAAAUGUGAAAUGUCAGAAUAAUAGAGAGAAUGAUUUAUUUCAGCUUUUGUUACUUUCAUCACAUUCCCAGUGGGUCAGAAGUUUACAUACUUUCAAUUAGUAUUUGGUAGCAUUGCCUUUAAAUUGUUUAACUUGGAUAAAACAUUUUGGGUAGCCUUCCUCAAGCUUCCCAUAAUAAGUUGGGUGAAUUUUGGCCCAUUCCUCCUGACAGAGCUGGUGUAACUGAGUCAGGUUUGUAGGCCUCCUUGCUCCCACACGCUUUUUCAGUUCUGCACACAACAUUUUCUAUGGGAUUGAGGUCAGGGCUUUGUGAUGGCCACUCCAAUACCUUGACUUUGUUGUCCUUAAGUCAUUUUGCCACAACUUUGGAAUCAUGCUUGGGGUCAUUGUCCAUUUGGAAGACCCAUUUGCAACCAAGCUUUAACUUCCUGACUGAUGUCUUGAGAUGUUGCUUCAAUAUAUCCAAAUAAUUCUUCUCCCUCAUGAUGCCACCUAUUUUGAGUAGUGCACCAGUCCCUCCUGCAGCAAAGCACCCCCUCAACAUGCUGCCACCCCGUGCUUCACGGUUGGGAUGGUGUUCUUCGGUUUGCAAGCAUCCCCCUUUUUCCUCCAAACAUAAUGAUGGUCAUUAUGGCAAAACAGUUCUAUUUUUGUUUCAUCAGACAUUUACAUUUACAUUUAAGUCAUUUAGCAGACGCUCUUAUCCAGAGCGACUUACAAAUUGGUGCAUUCACCUUAUGACAUCCAGUGGAAC